GUCCUCUGGGACAGCAGAGCUCACAAGCAUCUAGAACACGAGCCAGAAGAAACCCAACCAAAAGCAUCUUGUUCAAAUAUGACUUCCAAGCUGGCUGUCGCUCUCUUGGCGGCUUUCCUGCUUUCUGCAGCUCUGUGUGAAGCUGCAGUUCUGUCAAGAAUUAGUACUGAACUUCGAUGCCAAUGCAUAAAAACACAUUCCACGCCUUUCCACCCCAAAUUUAUCAAAGAAUUGAGAGUGAUUGAGAAGGGGCCACACUGUGAAAUUUCAGAAAUCAUUGUUAAGCUUACCAACGGAAAAGAGGUCUGCUUAAACCCCAAGGAAAAGUGGGUGCAGAAGGUUGUGGAGGUAUUUGUGAAGAGAGCUGAGAAGCAAGAUCCAUGAAAAAGAAAAAACAACCAAAAAUCCUGUUUCCAUUGCUUCCAAGAAUUCCUCAGUAAAGAUGCCAAUGAAACUUCAAAGCAAAUCUACUUCAGUGCCUCGUAUACUGUGUGGGUCUGGGGUACGGUUGUCAGAUAAAAUACAGGAUGUCCAAUUACAUUUGAAUAUUGAGUAAAACAAUGAAUAUUUUUUCAGUGUCACAUGUACAUUGUUCCAUGUAGGACACGCUUAUAUUUUAGAAAUUAUUCAUUGUAUACUGUAAAUUCCAAUCAAUCUGGAAAUCCUGCUUUUUUGUUUUUGGUUUUUGUUAAUCUUGCAACCCUAGACUGCUGGCCAGGAUUCACGAGUGCCUGUUCAACUGUGCCUCCGUUUCUUUGUUUCUAAAUUGGAGAAAAAAAUCUCAUCCACCUUUCUACCUCACAGAGAUGUGAGGACAUGUGGAAGCACUUUAACUUUUAUUCGGUCAUGUAAAUUAUUUUCAAGUGUAACUUAUUUAGCUAUUUAUAUAUUUAUUUGUCUCAAAUACAAUAAUAUUUGUGCAUGAAUUUGGAGAAAUAGGAAAGAAGCAUUGUUGAUAAGAUUGUAUAAUGAUGCUAGUAAAUUUAUACUUAUUUUAUAUAGUAAGUGAUGUUUUGAUCAAGAUUGUUAUAUUGUAAUCAUAGUUACCAGAUUAGCAAAUUAAAAGACACAAACAGAAAGGACUCUCAGUCAAUUUUUCUUUCAGAUAAACAAUGGAUAACUUUUAGUAUACAAAUACAUAAUUAUUUAUCUGAAAUUUUAAUUGAACUGGAAGUCCUACUUUUGAGAUGUCUGGCCUGGUCUUGCCCUUAUGAUGCAAUGAUGUGUUCAAUCAUGUGAAUCCUGAGACUAUCUUUCUUAAAUCUGUAAAAAUUUACCAGGCAAUAGGAAUUAUGUAAUUUUUUGUAUUAUUUAUUUAUUUAUUCUGAACAAUUAGAAUCUCAUACUUUAAAUUAUUGUGUAUUCCAACAUCAACUUUAUUUUUGACUUUAAGAUGCUUUUAUGUGUUCACAGUUGUUUCUACUGUUUUCGAUAGUACAAAAAUAUGAAUAUAACUAUAAGACAUUUAAAAUAAAAUUCAUUGUCAGAGUCA